CAACGUCAGCUGUGUGAACAUUCAUUCAGUGUGCAGUUAUAAUCAUCUUCUUGUGGGAUUACGUAGUUAACGUAACUGGGCUGCUGUAUUUGUUUAAAUUGUAGGAAGAACAGAUGAAGGACCAGUGAAUGCUGAAUAGCUUACUUGUAGAUUAUAUGUAAAAAAUUGCGCUUAUUUUUCAGUAUUAUUUAUGUAAUCAAGGUUUUGAAUCAUACACAAGGCUGUGACUCGUGUGAGAUUCACAAUUUUUUUAAAACCUUAUGAGUCGAACAAACAACUGUUGUGUUUUGUGGGCAGCACUACAGCUAGGCCUACACUAGUACUAUUCUACUAAUCAUUUUUAGUACUAGUACUACAACUAUUAGUGUAACACUACAGCAUUAGUACUACAGCUUGGUCGUGUCAAACUAUUUUUUGGUUGAACACAAUGGGGAAGGACUACUACAAAAUUUUAGGCUUAAAAAGAAAUGCUAGUGAUGGUGAGAUAAAAAAGGCUUAUCGUAAGCUAGCUUUAAAAUUCCAUCCUGAUAAGAAUAAGAGUCCUGAAGCAGAAGAAAAGUUCAAAGAAGUAGCAGAAGCUUAUGAAGUACUGAGUGACAAGAAGAAGAAAGAAAUAUAUGACCAGUAUGGUGAAGAAGGGCUAAAAGGAAGUAGUGGAGGAGGAAGUGGUGGUGGCGGCUCAGGGCCUCAGUACACCUAUACCUUCCACGGAGACCCUAGAGCCACAUUUGCCCAGUUCUUUGGAACUGACAACCCAUUUGAAAACUUUUUCUCCAUGGGUGGUCUUGGUGGGCAUGGAGGAGGGCCAAAUCUUUUCUUUAUGGAUGAUGAUAUGGACAUUGAAUCAGAUUUAUUCACUUCAUCUUUUGGCAGUAAUAGCCGUAAUAAUCCCUUCCGGUCACAGAGUUUUACUGCAGGGAGCCCAAACAUGGGUAGAUCAAAGUCACACAAACAGGAUCCACCAAUUGAGCAUGACCUUUACCUUUCCUUGGAAGAGGCCUUUAAAGGCUGUGCCAAAAAAAUGAAGAUCAGUAGGAAAGUGUUGAAUCCAGAUGGUCGUUCGACUCGACGAGAAGAAAAGGUGCUGACAAUUAACAUUAAACCUGGCUGGAAAGCAGGAACCAAGAUUACUUUUCAAAGAGAAGGAGACCAAGGUGUUGGCACUAUUCCUGCAGAUAUUGUAUUUGUGGUUAAGGACAAACCUCACUCAUUGUUCAAACGAGAAGGCAGUGAUAUUAAGUAUGUGGCUAAAAUCACUUUAAAAGAAUGUAAAUUUUGUUUGCAGGCAUUGUGUGGAACUAACGUCGAUAUACCUACCUUGACUGGAGAAAAACUGACACUUCGUAUCAAAGAUAUAAUUAAGCCAAAUGUGAUACGUCGUAUUGCAGGACAUGGUCUUCCAUACCCUAAGGAGCCAAAUCGAAGAGGUGACCUAAAUGUGGUCUUCGAUAUUAAGUUUCCAGACACCUUAAAUGAAUCUACAAAACAAAUAUUAUGGGAUUGUUUACCUUAAAUUUCCAUAGUCUUAGGUACACUUCUACAAAGUUGUUUGUUUGGGUCAGAAAAUUCUAUUGUAUAAAAUAAAGAUGUGGCAUUUUGAAAUGUUUGCUGCUAAAAUUAUAUAUAAACUGUAUACAAAUAUCUUUGAACUGAUUUUUUUAAACAGUUUUUAAUGAGCAGUACAAAAAAGGUGCUAAACCCAAGUUAUCUGGCAAUGUUUGAUACAUUGGCCUGAUGUGUUAAAUUACUUGGUAUUUUUUCAUAUUGGAGUAAAUGAUAUUAGCUUUAGAUAAAAUAGCUAUUAAUAUUGCUUCACAAAGGCUAUAUAUGUAUAUACAUUUUCAUAGUCUUUUACUGUAUGUGUUAUAAAUUUUGAGUUGCCAAUAUUUGACAGUAAAAUGUAAGAGACUUAGAAGACAAAAUUUAAAUGAAGCUCAAGUGAUACUUCAAACUUACUAGAAAAUUUCAAUAGGAAUUGCUAUAAACACUGUAAAUGGUUAUUGUAUUUGCUGAGGGUUGGCCACAUUCAUGAAGAAUCUAUAAAUACAUGUUCUUGAUGUAUAUCUAAUUUUUUUUUUUAACUUGGUGAAGGAUAUCACUGAUAUACUAGGUUCCUUGAAUGUGACUAUCCCCAGCAAUAAUGUUUCAAGCUGUAGUAAAUAUCAGGAUAUCAUAUUAUAAGAUAAGGACUUAUUUCAGUGUACUUAAAACAGGCUAUUGUUUUUGGUGAUACUGUGGUGCUUAUUUACAGUACGUUUUAUACCAUACAGUCUCAAAUAAAGAUGUAUUGUCAGUUUUGUUAAUAAUGUAUUUCCUUAACAUGAUGUGGUUACAAAUUUUUGUUGAUUGGUAACAUUAACUCGGUGUUUGUGUAGAAGUGGUAGUUUUGUUCCUCACACAUUCUGUUCAUACAAGUUAAACAUUUUAGAACUGUAAAUAAAGAAAUAGAUUUUAUUUGUUGUAAA